ACCAUCCUCGAUAAGAACGAGAUCCACGUCAGCGCAAGCUACAUCGAAAAAUAUUCCGGCGACCUCAAGACGGAGAUAACGGGGGUGCUCUACCACGAGAUGACGCACGUGUGGCAGUGGUUCGGGACCAACGAGGCUCCGGCACCGGGAGGGCUGACAGAGGGGAUCGCCGACUAUGUGAGGCUGACGGCGGGAUAUCCGGCCGCCCACUGGGUGAAGCCGGGCCAGGGCGACAAGUGGGACCAAGGCUACGACGUGACAGCAAGGUUUCUGGAGUAUCUUGAGGGUCUGAAAGGCGGGUUCGUGGCGGAGCUGAACAAGAAGAUGAGAGGCGGUUACAGUGCCGCCUACUUCGUGGAGCUGUUGGGGAAGACAGUUGAUGAGCUGUGGAGUGAUUAUAAGGCUAAGUAUAACAAUCCCACCUAGACAGUUGAUGAGUGAUUAUAAGGCUUAAGUAUAAUAAUACCACCUUAGACAUAACAAGCCGUGGGGGAAGACAGUUGAUUUGCUGUGUAGUGAUUAUAAGGCUAAGUAGAAUAAUACCCCCUACCCCAUAGACAUGAAUAUAUAUCAUAAAUGCUUGUGUAUGUGCUACACUUUGGAAAUUAUUUUAUCAUUUUCUUAAAUAAAAUUCUUAAUAAGAAUUUGUCUUCCA